CGUGUUCUCCGCCGUGUUCUAGCCGCAGCAUGGCCCCCAAGAAGGUGGAGCCCAAGAAGGCGGAGGUGAAGAAGCCGGAGGUGAAGAAAGAGGAGCCGGCCGCCGCGGCACCACCGCCCCCCCCACCGGAGCCGGCCGCGCCGGAGCUGGACCUGAAGAGCGUGGUGCUGGAGUUCACGCCGGACCAGAUCGAGGAGUUCCGCGAGGCCUUCGCGCUGUUCGACGAGACGCCGGCGGGCGAGAUGAAGAUCACGUUGGCGCAGUGCGGCGACGUCAUGCGGGCGCUCGGGCACAACCCCACCAACGCCGACGUGCUGGCCGUGCUGGGCAAGCCCAAGGCCGAGAAGAUGCACGCGGAGCUGCUGGACUUCGACACCUUCCUGCCCAUGCUGCAGCACAUCUCGCGCGCCAAGGACCAGGGCACCUUCGAGGACUUCGUGGAGGGGCUGCGCGUCUUCGACAAGGAGGGCAACGGCACGGUGAUGGGCGCCGAGCUGCGCCACGUGCUGGCCACCCUCGGGGAGCGCAUGACCGAGGACGAGGUGGACCGGCUGAUGACCGGCCAGGAGGACGCCAACGGCUGCAUCAACUACACCUCCUUCGUCAAGCACGUCCUGUCCGCCUGAGACCACGUCCUGUCCGCCUGAGAC